GACUGUCUGGAAAAUUACAUCUAAUGAACAGUCUCGUUUAAGAAACACAAUCCGGUUGUCCCAAGGGCCUCCCAGUGUCUACCUUAACUGUAGUGCUCUUCUGCUUAAAUUGGAAUUUUUUUUUCAGCAGUUAGCUUUUUGGCAUUCAUAUAAGUGCCAUCCUGCAGCACUAGUUUUCCUUUCUAUAGCUGUAGGGGGUGGAGUCUCUCACUGGUUUGAUACUUAAAUAUUUGCUAGUAAAGUGCAAUAAUGACGGUGUUCCUAAAUUUAAUGCAGUUUAGUACGUGACAAGAAAUAAUGCUACAUGCUUGUGGUUGUCAGCCAUUUUCUUUCACAAAAUUACUACUUUCUGUUUGGGCUCACUGCACAUGCCUGCCUGGUGAAGGUGAGAUUUUUAUGUCACUAGCACAAGGAUGCCUCAGAAAUGAUCCCCAUUAACCGCUAAAUUUCAGACACUAGUUCAGAAAAACACUAUUCUUAGCAUAGCAAAUUGCUCUCCAGUUAGGCAAACCUUAUGGUUUAUGCCAUUUUCCAAGGCAUAGACUCUGCAGAAAAACAAAAUCCCUUUGUUGGCACAAUUGGUUGGCUUCCAUCAGAAGAGAGAAACCAGAUUAAUGAAGCAUAGAAACUGAAAUUACAUCCGUCUGGGAGGGUGUUCAUUCAAGAGUCAGGAUGCCAAACUGGGGAGGAGGUAACAAGUGCGGUGCCUGUGGACGAACAGUCUACCAUGCUGAAGAGGUUCAGUGUGAUGGGAGGAGCUUCCACAGAUGCUGCUUUCUCUGCAUGGUUUGUCGGAAAAACUUAGACAGCACAACUGUAGCAAUUCAUGACGAUGAGGUUUACUGCAAGUCCUGCUAUGGAAAAAAGUAUGGUCCUAAAGGUUAUGGCUAUGGCCAAGGAGCAGGCACGCUCAACAUGGACAGAGGUGAGAGACUGGGCAUCAAGCAUGACAACACACCAUCUCCUCACCGACCUACAACAAGUCCAAAUACUUCAAAGUUUGCUCAGAAAUUUGGAGGUGCAGAGAAAUGCUCUCGAUGUGGUGAUUCUGUUUAUGCUGCUGAGAAAGUAAUAGGAGCUGGAAAGCCUUGGCAUAAAAACUGUUUUCGAUGUGCCAAGUGUGGGAAGAGUCUAGAAUCCACAACCCUGACCGAGAAAGAAGGUGAAAUUUACUGUAAAGGCUGCUAUGCAAAGAACUUUGGCCCCAAAGGAUUUGGAUAUGGACAGGGAGCAGGUGCCCUUGUUCAUGCUCAGUGAAAGAGUAAAAUCCAAGACUGAUCAUGAUUCACAGAGACUCUUCCUCUGCAACAAGGCACAGCUUAAGUGUUACUAGUUACUGUGAAACUGACACUAGUGUAUUAUAAUAUUGCUUAGAUCAAGCUUUUAUCAAAUACUAAAGCACUAUAUAUUUCUCUAUUUUUCUUGUGGACCACAUGUUAAUGAACACUAUAUUAGCACUGUCAUUCCACUUCAAUAAAGCUUUGCAUAUUGUGA